AUGCCGUACAUAAAUCGGGAUGUUUCCAAGACCGCCACCGUUGGCACCGGCCCUUCAGGAUUGGUACACAACGACCUUCAGAGUUUCAAGGACCUGGAGCACAACAUGGACAGCACCAUCUACCGCGGUACCCUCUUUGAGUAUCAAACCCAAGAGAUCCUCAAAAAGACCCUUGGCAUCUACACGCAGCGAUCAGCAGGGAAUGGCGACUUGGGAGUCGAUCUUCGAGGGACCUGGUUCUUGCCGUUGAGUGCCUCUCCAAAAGAGGGCGACAUGGUGCGUCACCUAAAGGUGAUUGUGCAGUGCAAGAAGAUGACCUCCAAGAUCGGACCAAAGUAUGUCCGCGAGUUGCAGGGUUCGCUUUCGUUCGAGACCCAACCAACAAUGGCUAUCCUUGCCGUUUCGUCCGAGUAUACCAAGCAGGCGCUGCUCCCUUACGCCAAGUCUCUGUGGCCAAUGGCCCUGGUCGUCAUUGAUACCGAGGCCCAAGAGGUUCGCAAGCUGAUGUGGAAUAGAGCGGCAGAGAAGGUUAUGCAUGGACUGCAGGUUGGCACAAAAUGGAUGCUGGGAUAUGGCGGACAAUUGGAGAGCCGGCCCGUACUUUGCUUUGGGGGCAAUGUGCUAAAGCGGUUGCCGGGCCCUUAUCUCUCGGAGGGACAGGAGUUGACGAGCGAGGAUAGCAAGGCUCUGGUGGACUAUGCGAUCCCAGACUGGAAUAUCAACACGCAGCCCGAGUGUAUCCAUGUCUUUCCUAAACCAGAGGACGGACAAACAAGCAGACAAGAGAGCGAGGAUGUGGACGAGGAUGCAAGUAUGAGUCCACAUCAGUCGGGUUAUCUUGAGCUCUUGACAUGGCAUACUCCAUCUCUACCGCCUCUUGACCAGAUGAACGAGUCAUUGUCAUGA